AUGACGACUGCCAAUGGUCAUGUUUCUCUGGAAGAGUAUUUAACGUACUCAGCCAUUGAACUCCGAGAACGUGUUCAAGCUAUCUCCCAAAAGGCACUGCAAAUCACUUCUUCCCAGGAAGCUCACAACAUCAUAGACGAAAUAGAUGAGUUGAAUGAUAACUUGGGUAGAGACUUGGAUAAAUUUGUUAUAUUUGGACUGAAGAAACAUCAGCUGGAUAUUAUGAGUGUUGAGCUUAACCGUACCCGACUUUCUACGGCCAUCAAUAGUUGUAAUGAGUUGACCAAUGUAUUUUCCAAUGCCAAUGAUUUGGGGUACCUGUUAACUUUCAAGAUCAAGGCUAUUGAUAAGGAGAUGGCCAAUGUCAAUAAGACGCUUAAAUAUGUUCGAGAUACUCAGAUCUUAAAAAAUAAUAUCAAUCAGGCCAAUUAUGCCAUUGAGCAUGACGAUUGUGAAUUGGCAGCUAAUUGUAUUAGUGAGAUAUUGUCUAACGUUGAUAAAGAUCUUAUAGACGGUAAGUUUGCAUCUGCUGUUAUUCCAAGUACUGAAAUCCCCGAAUUACCUCGAACAACUAUUGAUAAUUGGAUUGAUAUGCUCAGUAGUAAAUUCAAAACCAAUUUUGAAGAUGCCGUGAAAAUUAGAGAUGUUAAAAACAUCACCAAAUACUUUCAAUUGUUCCCACUUAUUGGGAAAGAGAAGAUUGGAUUGGAUUGCUACUCAAGGUUCAUUUGUCAAAUCAUAUCUGAUUCUUCCAGUGGAUUGGUUGGAACUUUAACUAAAAAUACCCAAAAUCAUAUUGGACUGCUGAUGUUUGGUCAAAUCACACAACAACUUUUUGAAAAUGUCCUGGUAAUGUUGUUACAACAUGAUCCUUUGAUUCGAAAAUAUUAUAGCAAAACUUACCCUAAUGCCAUGCAAUAUGUGGUUUCUAAAAUUCAAUUGGAGGUAGACUCUCAAAUUGGCUUGAUAAGUGAUACCUUUUAUGAUAUCAGAAGAGUUGAUAAGGUCUUACAAGACAUCAGGUUAUAUGAUUUUCCCAUUUUGAACAAGCAUAAUAGGCUGAAUGAUGUUUCCUAUUCUUUAAAUGAUCUUAGUAUCAACGAUUCUGAUGAGUUGGUAAGUAUAGUGCAAUCCAGUGAUUUGAUGUCUGAAUUGGGGAACAUCCUAUACUAUUGGAAUGAUUUUGGUAAAUUUAUUGCUUCCAAAUAUUUUAGACAUCACGAAGAAGAACAUGAAUUUAAUUUACCGGAUAUAAUCUCCCAAUCUAAAUUCAAUAGCAAAAUUCAUGAUAAAUUACUUCCUGCUUAUGAGAAACUAUGGGAAUUCUACAUCAAACGAUCCAUUGAAAAGGCAAUUACUAUUGAAGAUUUACCAGAUAUUAACCUGAUGCUCGUACCUAACCCUAAUUUCACUUCAUUAGAACAGCCUCCUGUUUCAUCUGUGAUUGAGGAUGUGACAUUAGUGCUUAACACCAGUGUGGUUAGCGUGACUAAGACUUGUAUCCCUUCUACUGUUAAGAAGUUCAUGGUUGAUUCUUUUACGAUUGUUCAAAAACAUUUGAUUGAAGGAUUUUUUGUGAAGACUUUAGCUGAAUUCCAACCUAGAUACAACCAACAACUUGUUCAUAAUCCGGUCACCACUUCCACUGCAGCAGCAGCUGCGGCUGCUUCCAAACCAGCUCUUAAUAGUCCUUUUGGAUCAAGAAGUGGAACCCCUAUGCCUGAUCAAGGAGCUGCAGCAUCUGGAAUGGGGUUUUUCAAAGGUGCUAUUGGGAAUGUAGUUGGAUCAAGCGUUAGUUCUGUUGCCUCUACUACUCAACAAUUGGUAAGUGCCAAUAGGUUAGAUCUCUUUAUUGUUUAUUUGAACAGUGUUGCUGUGGGACAAGAGUAUUUCACUAAGAUUAUCAAGAAGGUAUUGAACCCCAGAUACUUGAAGGAACAGUUCCCUUAUGGAAAUGACUCAACAAAAAUGCAUUCGAUCAUUGAGGACGACUUCUUAACUCCGUUCACCCAUAGUACCAACAGGAUCAUCAGUGACAAUAUCGUUAAUAUGUUUGAGAAGUCAUUCAAGAAUAGAUUGGCAACGAUGGUCAAUGAAUUCAUUCCAGAAGCCAAUGAACAUUAUAUUAUUCAUCUGCCAUCGACAUUGAACGAAACAGCCAACUUGCUUAAGUUCCAGAGCACCUGGUUAAACUUAAUUGGGCCCUACAGACAAACAUGCCAUAAGACAUUGAUCCUAAGCAAACUUAUGAGACUAAUAGUUGUUAAUUUAUCCAACUUUUUGGAAAAGAGAAUCUUGUCGAUGCUUAAGAAGUUUAGAAUCAAUGAAUUGGGAGCCUUAAAGUUGGACAAAGACCUUUCGUUCUUGAUCAACGCUGCGUGCGGAGAUAACUAUGAACUAAAAGAGAAGUUUGUGCGCAUCACUCAGCUUGUAUACUUGUUAGGACUUGAUGAUGAUGAAUACUCCAAUAAUGAAACCGAUUUAGGAGGUGAUGAAGAGUUGUCUGAUGGGUUAAACUGGGUGCUUAGUCCACAAGAACGGAAGCAGUAUAGGAAACUUCGGAUAUAA